UUCAACCGAAACAACGCUCCGAAACUAGCCGGAGGCGCAAGCGGAGGAGUUAUACCAACAGCACAGAGUGUAGGUCAAUUUCCAACAAUGACAUUACACCCGUACGACGUGGGCCGCCUGAUCCCAGAGUAUUCGGAAGGAGACGGCGUGUGCAAGUGGUUACGACGAAUCGAUCACUUUCGUGUAAUUUAUGGGUGGACGGAACAAAUGUGCCUGCUAUACGCCUCGACUCGGUUGGCGGGUGCAGCCGCAAACUGGUAUAGACGUCAUGAGGAGCGGAUUUUCGAUUGGCACCAGUUUAAGGAUCGGAUUGUGAUUGCUUUCCCGGAAAUGUACGAUGAGGCUGAUAUUCAUCGUGAGCUGGAAUCUGUGCGGAUCGAAAAUGGCGAAUCCUACGAAUCGUAUGUUUACCGUGUAGAUGCCAUUGCGCAGAAAGGCGAUUUCAGUGUAUCGGCCACGCUGAAAUAUGUCAUCAAAGGAUUACGCAACGACAAAGUCUAUCGUAGCUUACUUUCAAACCAAUAUACAUCUUUACUGGAUUUGUUGCGGCAUAUCAAGUGGAUCGCUUCAAACAUGGAGAUGCUUCCAUCCGUCGUCGCCAGACAAUCGAGGGCCAAUGUUGUGUUACCAUCGUCGGGAACAGAAGUGACGUGCUACAAUUGCCGCGAGCAAGGCCAUCGAUCAGUGGACUGUCCAAAGCCUCAGCGCAAAGAGCGGUGCACAAAAUGUCUGCGGGUUGGACAUACAUCGGACGGUUGUUCAUCUCGCUAUCAUCCACCACAACAUGGGACAUUCGUUCGAACGGAAGGUGCAAAGCUAACCACCACCAACGCUAUAUUUGAAGGAGUAGAAUCGGGCAGCCAGGUUACGGUGAACCAAGCCUCUCAGCAGGAAAUUGAAGUCGAAGCAGCUGGAGAGCGUCUCCGUGCAAUGGCUUUGCUCGACACAGGAUCAGAACGACAACUACGAUAGAGAUUUGGGUAGUCUUCGAGAGGCAGCUAGCGAAAGUAUGCGGAAACAGCAGCAAUAUAACAAACACAUGUACGACAGUCAUUGCAAGAAGAAUACCAACUAUCAGACAGGAGAUUUGGUAAUGCUACGGAGGACAAAUGUGGUAGGAGAGAGAAGUAAACUGAAGCCAAAGUUUCGCGGUCCCUAUAUCAUUAAGAAAGUGCUCGAUAAUAACCGUUAUGUGGUAGCUGACUUAGAUAAUUACCAAGUAUCAAACAAUCGUUUCGAAGGGAUUUUUGACCCUUUAAAUAUGCGGCUCUAUCAAAAAGCGGAAAAACAACCAGAUGUUGAUUCAGAUUCAGAAAUCGAAUACGAGGAUAUAGAGUAUUUGGAAGAUGAGGAAGAUUAGUUAAGAUAAAAUGUGCAGGAUGGCCGAGCUGUAAGCUUAGGAGAAACUAACAAUUGUUAUCCCCUCGUAUCCUUCUGUAUGCCCCUUGAAUAUCAGGGUUCCCACCAAAACAGAGCAUUGUCAGUCUGAGACAGUACACGAGUGAAAAGAGAUCAACAAUACACACAAAAAACGAAUAUUGUUUUACAGAAUGUUUAGCACUUUACAUUUAAAAAGUGCUCCGUUUUCCUAAAACUAAAAAUAAAAUUGCUUUUAGUCAAAGUUAUUUUUUCAUUUCUAAAGUUUUUUUCAAAUGCUUCCAUUGCAUAAAUAAAAGUUCAUCCAUUCAACGUGAAAAUGGUAAAACUGUCAAAAAUACUGAGGAAACGCAUUGUCAUUUUCGCUCUUAUCUCUCUAUCCGUCGCGAAGCUCUUGUCAUCGUCGCCCAUCAAAACAAUACCGUAGUGUUUUUUUGGUUUUUCUUGUUUCAAAGAAAACAGAUUUUUUCCUUCUGAAAUUUUUCUUGUUUAUUAUUCCUAUAAUGAUGAGCGCUUUUUGCGUGCCGGCUGCAUCAAAACAAGUGCGGGUAAAACUGAAAACAUCCUCAACAGUAUCAGAAGUUGUGUCGGUGGACUAGAAAACUGCCCAGAAGUGCAUUAUAGGUAUGUCUCGAACAAUUGCACUGAAAAUGGCACUGAAAAUCUACGGAAUUGGAGAUUUUUGUUUUGGUAAUUUAUGAUCAAAAUUAAAUCUAUGGCGGAACACUCGGCGGAACAUACACAGUGCAAUGCAUCAUCGGCAAGUGAUCUUGUGGUAGUUUUUGGUGCUGCAACACAUUUUCCAAUAUAAAUUAUGAAAUAAAGAACAAAACAAAAAGUA